GGUGAUGCCUUACAUGCAAACCGAUUUACAAAAGAUUAUGGGACAUCAAUUCAGUGAUGAAAAGAUCCAGUAUCUAAUCUACCAGGUGCUGAAAGGGUUGAAGUAUAUUCAUUCUGCUGGAAUCAUUCACAGGGACCUGAAACCUGGCAAUUUGGCAGUGAAUGAAGACUGUGAACUAAAGAUCUUGGACUUCGGAUUGGCAAGGCAUGCUGACUCAGAAAUGACAGGCUAUGUGGUGACUCGUUGGUACCGAGCGCCUGAAGUGAUUCUUAAUUGGAUGCAUUACAACCAGAAUGUGGAUGUCUGGUCUGUUGGCUGUAUCAUGGCAGAAAUGCUGACUGGAAAAACUCUGUUUAAGGGCAAAGACUAUCUAGAUCAGCUGACUCAGAUCCUGAAGGUGACAGGAAGCCCUAGUGAAGAGUUUGUCCAGAAGCUGGAAGACAAAGCAGCUAAAAGCUAUAUACAGACUCUCCCCAAGAUUCAAAAAAUGGAUUUAUCUCUUCUUUUCCCCAGAGCCAGUCCUUUAGCAGUGGACUUGCUUGACAAGAUGUUGCAGCUGGAUGUGGAAAGGCGUCCCACAGCCACGCAAGCUCUGGCCCACCCAUAUUUUGACCGGUUCAGAGAUAUUGAGGAAGAGACAGAAGCACAACACUCCUAUGAUGAUUCUCUGGAGGGUGAAAAGCUUACAAUAAAUGAAUGGAAAAGGCAUACUUUCAGUGAAAUACUUUCAUUCAGCCCAAUUGUAAGGAAAGACUCCAAAAGAAGAAGUGGUAUGACGUUGUAGGCUUGGGCAUGUCCAGUGUGAGACACCCUUUGCAUGAAUGAAUGUUAAUCGGUGUCUUGAACCCAGCAAGCAACAGAUAUUCACUAACAUGAAAAGGUCUACAAUGUGGGGAACGCAAGGACACUGAGCACAUAGAGUUCAACCUUCACGUGAAAGCCAGAACUGUACCAGGAACAUCUUUCAAUGCCAGUAAUGAAUAUGCUUCUCAUUAAAGCCCUUUGUGAUAGAACUGCGGCCUCCUGGCUACUUCCUUCUGUAUAUAUCUCGUAGCUGAUUCUCUACCUGUUUAAAAAAGCUCUGAUGCAGCUUCCAGUCUU